AUGGAAUUAUACAGACGAUCAAUGGCUGAAAAUAAUCCACCGCCAGUAAAGCCAAGGCGUCAAAAAAGUGAUGAAUCAAAUGUUGGGGUCGAUUCCGGUACGAGUAAAAGGGUUAGUGGAAAUGUUGAUGCCAUGAGACAAAAGUUUGACAUGUCGCCGGACCUGGGCAUUUCACGAUUGUCAUUCGACAAAUCACCAUCACCGCAAAAAACCUGGACUAGACCGUUUGAUAGAUCCCCAGAUACCGACAAAUUGCCACCAAAACAAAAAAGAGAGAUUACGUUACUAUUGUUGGGUCAGUCAGGUGUGGGAAAGUCCACAUUCAUUAACGCUAUUGUAAACUAUUUGUCGUUUGAGACGAUGGAUGCGGCGAACGGACGGCCCAUAUGUUUAAUGCCCGUCAGCUUUACUAUAUCGGACCCAUCGACUUUAUUACCGUUGCCAGUAGCGCUGGGUGACCAGGAUCAAACACAGGAACAAACCAAAGACACUACUAAAUCGGUUACCCAAUAUCCCAUGUGUUAUAAAUUUGAAGAUGAUAAUAUUGUGCUCAAUAUAAUCGAUACGCCGGGUAUUGCGGACACGGAUGGUGUGGAAAAGGACAAUAUAAAUAUGAAAAAUAUUUUGGAUUUUAUUAGCAAUUAUCGAGAAAUUAACGCUUUUUGUGUACUCUUAAAGUCUAACGACACCAGAGUUAGCGUUGUGUUCAACGCCGCAAAUAAUAUAUUAUUUCUAUUCACAAACUCCCGGAGCACUUACUACGUACCCGGGGAAUCCGGACCCGCUUUGAUCAGUAUUUUGAAGCAAAUAAAGGAAAGUCCGCCAAAAGUUGAAAUCCCUUAUAACAAAAACACAAUCUAUUGUUUUGAUUCCGAGUCCUUUCGAUAUCUCGUGGCUUCGAGUCCUCCCAAUAAUAUACAGUUUGAUUCAAAACAGAAAUCUAGUUAUGUUGACAGUUGGGAUAUAUCGGUGAAAGAAUGUCAGCGUUUGUUUGAGUACGUAAUACAACUUACGCCACACAAAGUGAUGGACACAUUAUCCCUCAAUAAUGCCAAACAAAUCAUACAAUUAUUAACUCAACCGUUGGCCGACAUUGCGAAGAAUAUUGCGGAUAACGUUAAAAAAUGCGAAAAACAUAGCAUUGAAAUCAAAGAGUUCUCGGGAACUAUUGAGGAGUUAAACAAUAAGCUAUACAUACCAUCGGUUGAUAUAAUAACCGUACCAUUGGAUCGACCCAAGACUGUGUGCAGUGAUGGCGAAUGUUGCGAAGCAAAAACAAUUAACGGGGUAACAGAUAUUACCUACACGCGCGAGUGCCAUUCACCAUGCUACCUUGUUUUGAACGAUGGCGAUAUUAUGGGAAACACGGCUUUAUUGCGAUGCAAGGCGUUUAACAAAGAGAGUAGAAGCGAUCGUAACCGGGGUGAAUUGAAAUCAUGGUGGCUGGCCAGGGUGCUUUCCAAAUCGAGCGAGAAACGCAAAGAAAAAGGUGCACAGUCAAAUGUGUGCCACGAGUGCGGUCACAGCUACGAAAUGCACAUGCAAUUGUUGUACGAAACGCAACACAAAGUGACCAAGGUAACUGACCAGGCGGUGAACACCAAGAUUAAAUCCGUACAAAUAGCCGCCGAUCUUAAGGAGCGUCAGUUGCGAACUCUCGACAAACGGAUCGCCGAAUUGAACGCCGAAAACAAGAUUAUCGCUGAAUCGGUGCCAAAGUUUGCCUGUUUUCUGGCCAACAAUGCGUUGACGCCUAUAAACGACGCGUUCGAGGCCUACGUCCGGCACCUCAUAGACAACGAGCGGAAAGGGUUCACGACUACCUCCGGCGCCGAUAGUCGGGUCACAACCGAGCGACUCGAACAAAUGCUCGAUCAAUACAAGAAAGAAAAAACGUUAAUUAAGUCGAAAAUGAACGAGCCUGAUGCCGGUUCACCUGGCUCAAUUACGUUGGCCGAAAUAAACGCGUGCGUUGAGAGACUGCGCAUGCUCAAACAUAAAGGCGGUGCAAUAAGUAGAAUGCUCGACGAGCAGAGUCGGGCAAAAGUGAGUCGACACGUGCGUCAGAAUCAAGUGGAUUGUAGCGCAUUGCCCAAUAAUAAAUUUAGCAUAGCUAAAUUGUUCUCCAAAAAAUGA